UCGUUCUCUUUAGCGUGUAACUUGUAGCGGAUAUGCCCUUCCUCCCCUGAGAAUAUAAAGGAGAACACACCUGAUUUUAACUUGCUAGGUCGUCCCGCCCCUCACCUUUCAGCACUGCGGAGGAAGUAGAAGGAUAUUAACGCAGCUUAAUAAAUAAUGUGCCUCAUGAAAUAAAGAGCCAAAAGGAAUUUGAAUAAAAAUUUCCUGCAUCUCAUGCCAAGGGGGAAACACCAGAAUCAAGUGUUCCGCGUGACUGAAGACACCCCCUCAUCCAGGAAUGCAAAAGCACAUCCAAUAAAAGAACUGGAUUAUAACUAUCCUUUUUUUUCUUUUCUUUUUUUCUUUUGGGGCCGUGGGGCGGGCGUCGGGACGAGAAGUGCUGUUGGUACCUGCAGCUUUUUUGGGGGAAGGAUGGCGCAAGCCGGGAGAACAGGGUAUGAUAACCGGGAGAUCGUGAUGAAGUAUAUCCAUUAUAAACUGUCACAGAGGGGCUACGAGUGGGAUGCGGGAGAUGUGGACGCUGUGCCCCCGGGGGCCGCUCCCACCGCUGGCAUCUUCUCCUUUCAGCCUGAGAGCAACCCAACGCCCGCUGUGCACCGGGACACGGCUGCCAGGACGUCGCCACUAAGGCCCAUAGUCGCCACCGCUGGGCCUGCGCUCAGCCCGGUGCCACCUGUGGUCCACCUGACCCUCCGCCGGGCUGGGGAUGACUUCUUCCGUCGCUACCGUCGCGACUUCGCAGAGAUGUCCAGUCAGCUGCACCUGACCCCCUUCACCGCGAGGGGACGCUUUGCUACGGUGGUGGAGGAGCUCUUCAGGGAUGGGGUGAACUGGGGGAGGAUUGUGGCCUUCUUUGAGUUCGGUGGGGUCAUGUGUGUGGAGAGCGUCAACAGGGAGAUGUCACCCCUGGUGGACAACAUCGCCCUGUGGAUGACUGAGUACCUGAACCGGCAUCUGCACAACUGGAUCCAGGAUAACGGAGGCUGGGAUGCCUUUGUGGAACUGUAUGGCCCCAGCGUGCGGCCUCUAUUUGAUUUCUCCUGGCUGUCUCUGAAGACCCUGCUCAGCCUGGCCCUGGUGGGGGCCUGUAUCACUCUGGGUGCCUACCUGGGCCACAAGUGAGAUCCACAGACCUGCCCCAAACAAAUAUGCAAAAGGUUCAUAAAAGCAGUAGAAACAAUAUGCAUUAUCAACGAUGUACCAUGAAACAAAGUUGGAAUCUUUUUUUUUCAUCAAGCUGACUAUACACACACACA